GGAUGCCUUUCAUGUUUUCCCCUCCUUCUCUUCAGAAAUCCAACUAUUUAUUUGCACUCAAGCAUCAGAAGAGCAAUAAAGCCCUGAAUUGAAAUAGCAACAGCCUCCUCAGUUGGCGCAUUACUCCUGGUCAAGAGUUGAAGCAUGUAAGCAGGACAGUGUGGUGCCCACUCCUAAUAAAUGUGAAAUAUUUAUGAGGAAUCAAAGAUGAAUUUGGAGCAGGAGAGGCCUUUUGUCUGCAGUGCCCCGGGCUGCUCACAGCGUUUUCCGACAGAGGAUCAUCUGAUGAUUCACAGGCACAAACAUGAAAUGACUUUGAAAUUUCCUUCACUCAAAACAGAUAACAUGUUAUCAGACCAAACUCCGACACCAACCCGGUUCCUGAAGAACUGUGAGGAAGUGGGCCUCUUCAACGAUAUAGACUGCUCCUUAGAGCAUGAGUUUAGAAAGGCACAAGAAGAAGAGACCAAUAAAAGGAAUAUUUCAAUGCAUAACACUGUUGGUGGAGCCAUGGCAGCCCCUGGAACACACCAGCUCUCCAGCCCGAGGAUGCCAAACCAUGACACAAGCAUUGUGAUUCAACAGGCGAUGCCAUCCCCGCAAUCCAGCUCAGUCAUUACACAAGCACCUUCUACAAACCGGCAGAUUGGGCCUCUCCCAGGCUCCUUGUCAUCAUUACUGCACCUGCACAACCGGCAAAGACAGCCCAUGCCUGCGUCUAUGCCUGGUACCCUCCCUAAUCCCACCAUGCCUGGAUCCUCUGCAGUUCUGAUGCCAAUGGAGCGCCAAAUGUCAAUGAAUUCCAGUAUCAUGGGGAUGCAAGGCCCAAACCUCAGUAAUCCAUGUGCUUCAUCACAAGUCCCUCCAAUGCAUUCAGAAGCCAAAAUGAGGCUGAAGGCAGCAUUGACUCACCAUCCUGCAGGCAUGUCAAAUGGAAAUAUGAACACUAUGGGUCACAUGAUGGAAAUGAUGAGCUCCCGACAGGACCAGACAACCCACCAUCAUAUGCACUCACAUCCGCAUCAGCACCAGUCGCUUCCACCUCAUCAUCCCUAUCCUCACCAGCAUCAACACCCGACACACCAUUCUCAUCCUCAAACUCAUCACCAGCAGAACCACCCGCAUCACCACUCGCAUUCACACCUUCACGCACACCCGGCGCAUCACCAGACCUCGCCACAUCCGCCACUGCAUACGGGCAGUCAAGCACAGGUAUCAGCAGCAGCCCAGCAAAUGCAGCCCACUCAAACAAUACAGCCACCUCAGCCCACUGGGGGGCGCCGGAGGAGAGUGGUGGACGAAGAUCCAGACGAGAGGAGGCGGAAAUUUUUGGAGCGAAACCGUGCAGCUGCCACACGUUGCAGACAGAAGAGGAAGGUCUGGGUGAUGUCACUGGAAAAGAAAGCAGAAGAACUCACCCAGACAAACAUGCAACUUCAGAAUGAGGUCUCUAUGUUGAAAAACGAAGUAGCACAGCUGAAACAGUUGUUGUUAACACAUAAAGACUGUCCAAUAACAGCCAUGCAAAAAGAGUCACAAGGAUACCUAAGUCCUGAAAGUAGCCCUCCUGCAAGUCCUGUCCCGGCCUGCUCACAGCAACAAGUCAUCCAACAUAAUACCAUUACCACUUCCUCUACGGUCAGCGAUGUCGUAGGAAGCUCCACCCUCAACCAGCUUGCAAGUCACAGAACAGAUAUGAAUCCAAUCCUUUAAAAGCUAUCUGUUGGGAACUGCU